AUGGCGGCUCAGGAGGGUUUCGGCGGACGGGGUGGAGGAAGGUUCAAUCCGGGCUUUGAUCCAAGCUUCAAUCUAGGGUACAGAGGGAGAGGUGGAGGACAUGGUCAAUUCCCGCUGCGUGGUAGAGGUCGUGGCCAUGGUGGUCACGGUGGCCAUGGUCAUCACGGUGGACAUGGCUAUGGUGGCUUCAAUGGAGGGUAUCAGGGGGCAGGGCAAGGAGGUGGCUGGCACUACAACAACGAUGAUCAAUUGGCAGUAGAACUCAACAAACUACUACCUGGAAAUAGUUGGGUGAUUGAGGAGAAAGGCAAUGAUGCCUUUACCACUAAUUUACCUUCUGCUGAAGUGCUCAAUCACAUGGUGAAUUGGGGUCCGAUGGACACCAAAACAGUGAAAGGAAAGAUUCGUUUUGAGAAAGGGGCUGAAAAUGAUGUCUUCAAAUAUGAGAUUGAUAAGGUUUGGGUACAGUUUCGAGGACUACCAAAGGAACUACGAGAGUUCCCUAUCAUUUGGACAAUUGGCUCCAUUCUAGGUGUCUCUCGAGCAGUUGAUACUAAAUUUACAAAGAAGUAUGGCAUAGCUAGAAUGAAAGUAGCCGUGCUAGAUCCCGAUCUCAUCCCAGAUCUUGUGGAUGUAGUCAUUGGGGACUUUGUCUAUGAGCUACAAUUUAGAGUGGAGAAGGAUAUGUCUGAUGGUGAGCCACAAGUCAUUGACAUGGACUCUACCAUGGAUGAGGAUAAAGCACCAAAGGAAAAAGGGCCAGAGAACAUGGAUCAUGACGGUAAAAAGAUGGAAGACCCGCCAGCUGGUCAAACAUCUGAAAAGUAG